UGAUAGUGAACGGACUUUACAGUGUAUUUUCUGAGAGUAAUCUUUAGUCCAGCCCCGAGGGGGGGACGGGGGGGGGGGACGACAGGUGUUUGAUUGUUUUCUAAUGAUCUUGUCCUUCUGUUAAAAACACGGAGCUGUUGUUUUUAUUAUGAUGGUCAGAUGGUCAGUGCUGGUCAUCUGGUCAUCUGGAGGUGGACCCUGGACUCAGACCACUCUGACCCUGGUUCCUAGACCAGGUUCCUAGACCAGGAACUGCAGUACUGCCAGGGUGCGGUUGGUUUCUUAUCUUGGGUCAUUUUUGGUUUUUGUUUUUUUCUACACAAAGUGCCGUCGCCGUCGCUGACCGUAACGAGGAGUCGCUCUGAUGAGUUCUGAUGCCGUCCUUCACAAGAACCAGAUUGGCUCAGAGGGUGAGGGGCGUGGCCAAGUGUUUUCUUCUGUUUCCACUGGUCCUCUACCUCCUCUACAUCAGCACUGCUUCCAUAAAUUUUUCAGGUUUUGUAACAAAGUUUUCUUCCAUGGAUCGGUGUUCUCUGGAGAGCGGGAAGAAUCUGAGUCUGGACAACAGUUUUGAUGCUGGUCUCAACCUCAUGGCCAGGAGUGACGUACAGACGUGCACCUACUGGAGAGCGCCCAUCAUCUGGGAGGAAAUGUUUGACCCUCAGUUUUAUGAUGAGAUGCACAAGAAACAAGGUUCUUCUGUGGCUCUGACCGUGUUCGCAGUCGGCAGGUACCUGGACGCCUACCUCAGCGACUUCCUGAACUCCUCGGAGCGGUUCUUCAUGGUGGGUUUGCCCGUGACCUACUACGUGUUCACAGACUUUCCAGAGAAGGUGCCCAAACUGAACCUUCCCGCCGACCGCAGCCUGAAGGUGAUCAGGGUGGAGAAGCAGGCGCGGUGGCAGGACGUCUCCAUGAUGAGGAUGAAGACCAUCUCCGACUUCAUCCGGUCGGACAUCGGGCGCCGCUGCACGCACGUCUUCUGUUUCGAUGUGGACCAGGUGUUUAACGGCAGGUUUGGCUCCGAGGCUCUGGGAGACUCCGUGGCUCUGCUCCACGCGUACUACUACCGUCUGCCAAAGGUGAUGUUCACCUACGACCGCAACCCCAGAUCCAAAGCCUUCCUGAACACCGGGGACUUCUACUAUCACGCCGCGGUCUUUGGAGGGAAGUGUGAGAGCGUGAAGGCCAUGGUGGACGCCUGCUACCAGGGCAUCAUGGAGGACAAAAAGAACAACGUGGAGGCUCUGUGGCACGACGAGAGUCACCUGAACAAGUACCUGUGGGUCCACAAACCCAGCAGGGUUCUGUCCCCGGAGUACUGCUGGGACCCUCUGAUCGGCAACAGCAGUGACAUCCGCGUCCAACGGCUGCUGUGGAGACAGAAACAGUACCAGGAACUACGGACACCUUAGUCCAAACUGUACUUCCUCUUGUCUUCAGGGACACAGGAUGUUUUCCUGGGAGUGGGCGGGGCUUUGUAAAUGGAGUUACUGUAUUUAAUGGUAAAACAAAUCUGUAUUUUCAUGAAUAAAAAUAUUAUAUGUAAAUAAAGUGUUCAACCA